AUGAAAGCUGUUAUGAUAAUACUUGCCGUCGCAGCUUCUGUGUCUACUUCAAAGGUAGCUAUUCACAGCCGUUCGUCCUUUCUUCAGACGGUGAAAGAUCGUAACCUAAUCGGCCAUGUCACUGAUCGUCUGAAGGCCUCCAGUAUUUUAUUGUGCGCGCAGCUCUGCUUGAAAAGACGUCCACUGUGCUGCUCAAUAAACUACAGAGAUGAAGAUGGAAAGACGAUUUGUGAGUUAAACGAUAAAAGAUUGGAGAGUGUUGGAACAGAUUCUUCUUCCUUUGUUUCUAUGCCAGGAUUUAUCUUUGCUCAGCUUCUCAAUUUUGAGAGGAGCUGCCAGGAAAUCCAACUAAACGAUCCUGGGGCGACGAGUGGUGUGUACGAAAUCUAUCCUGUGCCGAACGCUGAUCCUAUUGAGGUUUACUGUGAACUUAACAUUGCUGGUGGUGGCUUCAGUUUCCUUCCGCAAAGCCUAACUUUGAGAUCAGAUGCACAGCAGAUUGUCAAAUCCCUCUUCACAGACAAAAGAAAUGUUCUGCUAAAGUUGAAGAACAGAGUAAAUGGCAGCGAGUCGUACACUUGGAUUCAGCCCCAUCCAAAUUACACCAACAUUGAUUUCGGGCUUUUGGUCAACAACUACUCUGGUUACACUCAACCAUUGAACGACUUCAUGAUGGAAUACAUCUUCCUUGGUAUUCUACCUAAAUCAGUUGCGAAUGAACAAACAUAUCAGGGUUUCAAGUCUAAUGGCGACGUAAUCCAGUUUAGAAACUGCGACGAAAAUCCCAACAGCUUGUUUGCGUUUCUGCCAAACCGAAAUCGUGAGAACUCCAGUACUUAUUUUCUGGGUAACGGAUGUGAAGAUACCGGUAUAGCCGUUGACUGGCGUUCUACAGCAACACCAAUCACAAUUCCACCGGACAAAAUGCCAAGAACGUUCUUCUUCUUAACAGAAGUUCAUUUUGGAGGUUGUGGCUGUUACACCUCUAGCGACCGCUGGAGUAAAUAUGGCUUUAACGCUACAGCCAUUGGAAUUCGUUGA